AUGGAUAUCGUGAGACCGCCGUUCGCCGUCGCCAUGGAUCUACCCUGUUGGUUGAGCAAGUCCAACCGAGCCUUGCAUCUCCGGGCGCCGGUACCCUAUCCUGCGCAAUGCCAAUCGCGUAUACUCAAGCACCGUUAUGCGGGAGCUCAAUCCCGACUACGGGACUACUUCACUCCCAAGGGGAUACUCAGAAUGCCGUGGAUCACCAAAGGCCGUCACAUCAAGGCACUCUGGUAUCACCCUGGCCAGUCUUCGCCGAUGAGAGUCGAGGGCAAUGUCAAGCUUUAUCCCGGAAUCGUCGGUUCCAGCAAUCUACAAAACUUUUCUCCCCACAACGUAUCUUCCUUUCAGCCAUCGAUAUUUGGCUCAGCCGUCGAGGCUCAACAAAUUUCCUUCUCGGCAGCGUACAACCCCUAUCCGUUUGUCCCCGAAUUCAGUGCAACUACCACUUCCACGCCUGAUAAUUCGCCAGUGCAGAAUAGCGACACGUUGCACGUCUGCGUAUCCAGUGGUCAAACCGCAGUCACACUGACGAGCGAGCAGGCCUUCGCUGAAAUGGGUGGAGGCGAGAUACAUCUCCCGCAGCCCUACAACCAUGACACCUACAAGCAUUUUGCUCCAGAACAGGGAGCACAAAAUGUCAGUUCUGCACCGCUUCUGCCGAUAGUCACAAAAUCCCUGCUAGACGACUUGGAGUUACCUUCCACAGAGCCAGAGCUGGGCAGCGACCUCUUGUCCUCACAACCAGUGGUGCCAGCAGUGCUAGCGAUGCGACCAGCGCAACUCGUACCACAAAGUUCCAACCCGGAGACUGGACAACUGCUGACAACAAGUCACCGCCAAGAUGAUGUUGAGGCAGCAUCUGACAGCAGCCGUCCGAGCUCGGCUAGCGGAAAGAACGCCAUGCACUUGGUCAAGAAGCGUGGCCCAUUUAAUUUGCAGAAGCGUAAAGAGACUGCCGAGACCCGAAAGAGGAAAGCAUGCCUGAGGUGUAGAGUUCAGAAGAUUCGGUGUGACGCAGAUCAAGAUGAGGUCGAAGGCUCCUGCCUCCCAUGCCAAAGCUUCUCGAAAGUCUCCAAAAAGACCCUCCACCAUGUCUCUUGCUUUCGUGGCAAGUUGACAGACGUGGUGCUUUUCCGCCAAGGCGGUCUUAAUCUCACACAACGAUGGAAGGGUACAGAAAUGAAAGACGUUGGCGAUCGGGUCAACACGGACAUUCGAUCGAUACAGAUAACAUUGGGUAUCUGCGAUACACCUAUUGAGAUCAAGGUAGUCCGCUUCCGGGCCGCUGCAUCGGAUGUUGUUGCCCGCUUUUGGACCGUGAGAGAGGGCGAGCGAGGAGACGAAAUAAGAAAGAAGAAGGACCUGGAACCGUUUUGUCUCGUCGACAUCUGGGCUACGGCAACGUACUUCGAGAAAUAUGUUGUUGACAAUGCCAUUGCGACUAUAGUCAAAAACUAUACACCGCAUAAAAUGCUACAAAACACGCUCGCAGGGCAGGAUGUCAUUAGUAGGACAUACAUUGCGGCCGUGCAGUACUACUUGAGCUUGGAGGAAAAGGAUGAGGUAAUGAUUCCAUCUGGGAAGAUAGCCAACCCUCAGAAGAGGCUUCUAGGGAACCUCUUUAUAUUUUGGCACGCAAACCAACAUACCGCUGGCUCAGCCUACAUAUGCGGCAAAGAAACUCUUAACAUGAAGCCUGAACUCAAGGAUGAAACAUACCCUCUCUUCGGCAAAGUUUCCGUUCCUCGAAUGAUUCUCGCCCAAUUCGACAGCAUCAAUCACCGCAAACUUCUCCAAAGAUAUGGCCAAAAAGUCCUCCGCGACCUUGAAGCAUUCAUCUUUCGCAAUCAGUCGGUUCUUUGGUGGCCGAUAUACCUCACAGUCUUCAUUUUGCUACACGAUGCAAGUAAGCUGAGCGCGGAUAGGUAUCGUCAUGCCAGGAAUAACUUUGGUGGGAGAUAUCGAUACUCUAUACCCAAUUUUGUGGAAGAGCUUCAAGAAGGAUGUAACAAUAUCCUUGUUCACUGGCACUACUACAACUGCCAUCCUUGGCCGAAACCAGACGAUCCGUGGGAGCGCCAUAACCACUUCAUGUCUGAGCUGACAUCGGAGCAGUACGACUUGGUCAUGGACACUAUGACAGAUAGACGUGUGCAGAAGCAACUUGCCGCAUGGGCGAAAUGCAGGCAGGAAAACGGGAUGAUGGAAAAACCACCGAUGCGUCCGAUGGGUAAACAAGCAACACCGUAUAUGGGCUCCCAGACCAACUAUGACUGGGACCAUCCAUGUUACUGGAUAACGCAGAUGUUUGAAGAGCGGUGGCAACCACGCCCCACGUACCAGCGGGAGUAUAUACAUUAG